GGCUCAAAACCGAGCGCGCGGCAGCCCCCGGAGGGGGGUCGCCGCGGUCCCGCCGCGGCGCGGUCUCCCGCCUGCCGGCGAGGGGGGGUUUGGGGGGUCAUGAGCCGGCUGCUGUGGGUGAGGAACGAAGCAUUCGACCAUGGGUGCUUCAACACGUCUGUGCGGUGGACCGUGCCCAAGGUGCUGGAUUUCCUCGGCUCGCUUCGCAUCGCAGUGCCCUCCAUGAACAUCACGCGCGCCAUGUGGGUGGAUGCUGCCACUAACAAGUGCAAGCCGGCGCUCACGGAGGCGGAGGCGACGGCCUACUGGAACGUCUUCUCGGUGCUCUCGCAGAACAUUCUCGGGAUGCCGGGCGACCCGCUGGACGUCAGGCGAAUCGGGCUCGUCUUGAUGUGCCAGGUCUUCAGUCCGCACCGUGUCCGCGCCGAUCAGUUCGUCAAGUCGGGCGAGAUGUUCCCCGGCAACCAGCGCUCCGGGCGGCAGUCCCCGCGCUGCACCUCCCCGCGCGCGGGGCACUCCGCGCAGGCGCCGACGGUGAGCCGCGGCCGCGAGGCCUCGGCCGCCAUGCUCGCCUUCGUGCGCGACCACGUCGGCUCGUUCCUGCAGGUGGCGUGCUUCGCGCUGUCAUCGGAGCCCGCCAGCGUCUCAUCCGAUGAGUUCGACAUUCUGGGCCUCAUCCUGAGCGCGGGGUCCUCGAUGGCACAGCCGCACAAGAAGCUCUCUGAGGGCAUCCCUGAGCUCUCCGCCAGGAAGGUUCUGCCGAUGCAGGAGCUGCGUGAUCUGUUUGACAAGAGCCUGGUGUGGAACGAGGAUGUAUACCCUGCUGUGGAGCCGACCCCACACGCCAUCUCAGGCAUGGCGCCAGAAACCGGCAGCGAGAAGACGGUCAAUCUCUCCGGACUCAGCAAGACUACGUGGUUCCAGAACCCCAAGGACGCCGAAAUCCGCUACCUGAACAUCAUUGGGUGCACGGACUGCACGUUCUACGUGACGUCUAAUGUCCAUUUCUGCCUCGCAACAGGCUGCCACGACUGCAACAUCGUCAUGAGCUCCGUCUCGGCGCUCUGCACCAUCAGCCACUGCGAGAAGAUCUCAGUGCACGUCGCAGCCCACUGCUUCAAGAUGGAUAACUCGACGGACUCUUCGGCCUUCCUGUUCUGCCACAUACCGCCGAUCCUGACAGGCGACACGCGCGGCAUCAAGCUGGCGCCGUUCAACGUCCUGUCCUCCUCGCUCUCGGCCGCCCUCGCGGCCGGCAGCAUGCAGCUGGACCCAGAGUACGUAGACGUGUGGGCCUACCCCGUGUGCUGUGCGCUGGGCGUUCCCAACGAGACGAUGAGCAUCCGCAGCGGCGCCCCGAACGAGCCCAGCAACACGGUCUACCACUUCGUGCACCCCGCCAGUUUCCAGCCCGUCGUCGUGCCCGGGCCUCCCGCACGCGGGGCCGGGGGGGCGGUGCCGCUGUGCCUUCCACAGGUGUACGACGACGCAUUCAAGAGCCGAGAGGAGGAAAUGCGCACCCUCCAGAGGUCCCUGGCGGAGCUGGGCGACGAGGCCAAGAGGAAGCGGGUGCAGCAGACCAUCCAGGGCCACUUCCGGGAGUGGCUCCAGUCCACCGGCAAGAGCCGGCAGCUGGCGGACCUUGCGCGCAUGGCACGGCCCUAGGAGUGAGGCAGAGCGCCCUCCCGGCUCCUUGUCAUCUUGCUUCCCCACCUCCUCCUCCUCCUCCUCCUCCUCCUCC